UGAUUUAAACCAACACACCCGAGUGGGAAACCGCAGGAAACAGCGAACAGCUGUCAACAAAAAACAGCCUUCAAACUUUAAAACUGUCCGCUGGAUUUGCUCUCCGGUCGCCAAAGUCAGCAUGGCCCGCGGACACCAGAAGAUUCAGUCCCAGCAGAAAAAUGCCAAGAAGCAGGCGGAGCUCAAGAAGUCUAAAGGACACGAUCAGAAAACGGCAGCCAAGGCCGCUCUGGUCUUCACCUGCGGGGUCUGCAGGUCGCAGAUGCCCGAUCCAAAAACAUUCAAGCAGCAUUUCGAGAGCAAACAUCCCAAGAACCCUCUGCCCCCGGAGCUGGAAGGCGUUGAGGCCUAAAGCAAACCCGCUGAUUCGGUACCGGACCCCGCACUACUCCCGUCGGAUCAAAGACUGUUGACCCUGAGCCCCCCGGCCCGCUCCUCACUGGUACACUGUUUGAGAACGAUGGCUCCAGCCUUGGCAAAAACGUCAGAUCAAUGUAUUACCUCAAUCUGCAGUCUGUCCUUUAUUAGCGUCUCUGGUGGAUUUCAUGGAUAAACGCUGAGCGGCUCCACGCUUUCAGCCUUUAUCCGUCUAACCGCAGCCCUGCGCUGAUUCCAGUGGGUCUGAUGUUAAAGGCGUUUGUGUUUUGUUUAGUUUUUUUGUUUUUUGGUUGUAGUAAUUGCUCCGUUGGUUUAGCUAAAGUUCCUGUGGUAAAGGCUCGUUUAUAACGGCGUUUCUGUGAUCAAAGCGGUGAUUGGAUUGAAUAAACUUUAAGGUGUUUUAAGGUGUUUAUCUGAAAUCACUGGACGUAGCCAGGAGUGACUGUAAAUCCUUUAAUUUUCUUUUUUCGCUGCAGAAAUUCUGAUCAAUCACUGGAGAUGUUUCAACGAGAGAUAUUGCAUCAAUAUUUAAGAUUAAGAUUCAUGCUUCUGUCACCUGGUUUCUGCACCAAUGUAAUAUAACGUUUUAAUAAAGUUUAACUUUGUUUAAUGA